AUGAUAAUCGGAGAAGAGGAAGGUGGCGAUAACGGCGGCGGAGAUGGCAACAGCGUUCCCGUCACCCGCAUCUUCCACACCAUAAAGAAUUCAAGCAGAAGGCCCCCGACAUCUAGACAGCUGUUCGCUAGUGACGCGUCGGAUAGUUCCGGGGACAGGCCAGUCAGCUCAGAUCCGACGGGAAGGAAGAAGUCUCGCCGGAAAGAGCACCGCACUUUGGUGGAGACGCCACAGGGCAAACAAGUGCUGUCCAGCGAUGCCCGCCUUCAUUUGGAGAAGCUGAAAAGGAAGCGGCAGGCGCUGGAAACUGUGAAUGAGGAGGUUAACGCCGAUCUACUGGCGGAGGUGGAAGCUCUAGACAAACAGCGUCAACUCUUAGAGCUGAAGGUGCGACAAAAAGAGGAAAUCAUGCGAUUACAAGAGAGGCUCGGCGUAAGCGAACAUCAGGGCAUGUCCGCUCCAGAAUACCAGACUGUGUCCCGAGGGCGAACUUCGGCCCGAGACCCAACAUGGCACCCAUCGGCUGACAGCGCUCAUUCCGGCAGGAGUGAGUCGGCGACCUCGUUUACCUCAAAACAGCAUCGGAGAAAACAAUCCAGCGUAGCAGAGCAUGGUGCCGAGACAUGUUGGAGCGAAGGGGGUACUAAGGUGGUUAUUCCUGAACUCUCAAAAAUCCAAGACGACCUGGCUGUGUGUAAGGAUUAUGUACGCAACCAGGCUGGGGGACUCGAAACCCUCAACGAUAGCCCUCUAACGGAGGACAUUGAAAACGCCCCGGUGGACCGUCACCUGAAGUUCCCACCGAUGGACCACUUCGAUGGAACUUCUGAUCCAGCGGACUUCUUGAACACAUUUGAUGGAAGGAUGAGUCUCCAGGGCCAUGCAGACUCAACAAGGUGCCGUUUCUUUUGCACAUGCUUAAAGGGUAAUGCACUCAGUUGGUUUCAGAAUUUGCCCCCACGUUCCAUCAACUCGUGGGCAAUGCUGAAGGUCAAGUUUCGAACUCGAUUCUCCAGUAACAAACGAGGGGGUAAAAUAACGGCUUCGCUAAUGACAGUACGCCAACGGUCGUCCGAGUCACUGCGAGACUUCUUAGCAAGAUUCCGCGUCGAAAUGGCAGAUAUACCAAAUCUCAUAGACGAGUUGGCAGUCAAUUACCUGGCCGCGGGGGUGGAUAAGCGUCGCCACGGCCCACUACUGGAGGAGUUCUUCGAGAAGAAUCCUCGAACUUUGCAGGCCGCCAUGCAAAUCUUUGAGCGUAGGUUGACCCUGCAGGAGGCUGUGGGAAGCAUUCAAACAACUUCACCUCCACCUCGCCGAUCGUCGGGCCGAUAUCAGGAACGUCUAUCGCCACGGGGCUCCCGUUGGGAACCAAGGCGAACAGACGUUAGAGCGUCGAAUCGCGAAGACAAAACUGAGCCUGGUCAGGCGCGAACUCCGAGGCAUGACCGCCAAAACGCCUCACCAGCGAAGCAAAGGUCUGGACGCCAGUGGCCUCCACGCCCGCCUAGAGAAGAGAAAGAAUUCACCAAGCUGACCACGGAUAUUAAUUCUAUCUUGGCAAUCCUGAAGACGGAUCCAAAUUAUCGACCGCCCAGGCCGAUGAACCCCAACAGAGCCCCCAGUACCCGUUAUUGUGAGUACCACGAGGACACAGGGCAUACCACAGACAGGUGCUUUCAACUAAAAAACCUCAUAGAGGACAAGGUCAAAAGCGGAGAGUUGGCGCAUUUUGCCGUCAAGGAAGAACAGUAUCGGGCUCACACCCCUCCCCGAGACCGGGUGAUAGAUGUUAUCUCAGGAGGUUUUCAACCAUUCCCCACUUCCGGUAGCCAAUCACGAGGGCCGCAGAACGAAAUCUUUCGCAUUGACUCCAAAAGGCCGAAGAAGAACCCUUCUCCGGUAAUCUCCUUCUCCGACAAUGACUAUGCUCCAAAUGCAACGGAGUCACACCGAGAUGCUUUAGUUAUUACAACUAAGAUUGGAGUCAACACUGUAAAAAAGAUAUUAGUGGACGAUGGGAGCUCUGCGGAUAUCCUUUACCAGGGAGCCUUGUCCAGGAUGGAUAUAGGUGAAAGGAAAGUUUGUGACCAGAACCUGACGCCACUCUAUGGAUUCACUGGAAACGAGGUCAGGAUCGUGGGCACGAUCGACCUUCCAGUCUUAUUUGGAUACGCCCCACAACAGAAAUGGAUCAUAGUAAAGUUUCACAUUGUUAAUUCAGUCUCCUGCUACAACGCCAUAUUAGGACGCACAACCCUGGGAGCCCUUCGGGCGAUCACCUCCAUCACACACUUAAAAAUGAAAUUUCCCACGGAAUUCGGUGUGGGGGAAAUGCGCGGUGAUCAGAUGACGUCCCGACAAUGCUACGACGACAGCGUCGCCCCGAAAAGAAAAGGCAGUAAAUCGGUCAAUCACGUCGCCACAGGGGCUGAGGACUUCAGUCCUGAAGGCUCCCUAGAGUCCAUUGACCCAGAAAGGAAGGUACUCUGCGAGCCCAUAGAGGAUACUGAAGAGGUCGCGCUCUACGAUGAGGAGCCCACCAAGGUUGUAAAGGUCGGCAAAUCCUUAUCCCCAGUUAUUAAGAGCGGUCUGAUAGCCCUGCUUCGGGAGUACAGAGAUGUGUUCGCCUGGACGGCAAUCGAUAUGCCUGGAAUUCCAGAAGAAAUAGCUCUCCACCGCCUAAAUAUUAAGCCAGGCGUCAAACCGGUACGCCAAAAGAAAAGGAUCUUCUCGCCUGAAAAGCAACAAGCCAUCGGUGCUGAGAUUAACAAACUCCUGGAGGCUGGGUUCAUCAAAGAGGUACAGUUUCCCAAGUGGAUAGCAAAUGCUGUGUUGGUAAAGAAGAGUAAUGGCAAAUGGCGUAUGUGUAUUGAUUAUUCAGACUUAAACAGAGCUUGCCCCAAAGAUUUUUAUCCACUGCCCAAUAUAGAUCAAUUGAUUGACUCCACUGUUGGCAACGAACUAAUAUCCUUCAUGGACGCAUUUUCUGGCUACAAUCAGAUCAAGCUUGCAAAAGGGGACCAAACCAGCACCGCUUUUAUCACACACCGCGGGGUAUUCGCCUAUCGGGUUGUCCCAUUCGGCCUGUUAAAUGCGGGAGCCACAUUUCAGAGAACCAUGGAUAAAAUUUUCGCCCCCCAAAUCGGUCGGAACAUGAGUAUCUAUGUCGAUGACAUGAUAGUGAAAUCCGCCAAAGCCAACGGUCAUCUCGAGGACCUAAAAGAGACAUUCGACAGGAUAAGGGCGCACUCCGUUCGGCUAAAUCCAGCCAAGUGCUCCUUCGGGUUAUCAGGGGGAAAGUUCCUCGGUUACCUAUUAACCCAACGGGGCAUAGAGGCAGACCCUCUGCAAAUCAAGGCCAUAAGGGACAUGCAAUCGCCGAGGUCCUUAAAGGAACUCCAAACCCUGACCGGGUGCAUCGCAGCUUUGAGGCGAUUCAUUCCCCAAUCUUCCAAACGCACCCUACCACUCCAUGAUUCAAUCAAACAAGCGUUAAAGUCCGGCACCUUCACGUGGAGUGCGGAGUGCGAGGAAGCUUUCAUUGCAAUCAAGCAGUUUCUGGCAUCACCCCCGAUUUUGACUAAAGCUAACCCGUGCGAGCCUCUAAAAAUUUAUCUAUCAGCCACGGACUUGACUACGGCCGCCGUUCUUGUAAAGGAAGAGGACGGUGAGCAAAAGGCGGUUUAUUACGUAAGUCAUAUGUUAAAGGAAGCAGAGGUGCGGUACUCCAACGUGGAGAAAAUGGUACUAUCUCUGGUCAUGGCUAGCAGAAAGCUACGGCAUUACUUCUAA